ACUAAAACUAUGACCUCAGAGCCGUUUGGUAGCCUAUCCCACCCACCGUGCCCCUAUAAAUACCGCCUGCAGAAGAACGAAGAGCGCUUGCGAUCAUUGAAUCUGAACGGAGGAAUCCAGUUACUUGAGAAGAUGGCUGAGAGUUCUGAAGAUGGACAUUGCAAAUAUAGACUGUUUGCUUUCAUUAUGAUUUUUAACAUAUCGUUAAGCACCGCAGUCAGUCUCGAUUUAACGGAGCUGCAAAAUAAAGUUUCCAAAAUAAAAGUGCAUCCACGUGGGAAUCUCUGGGCGACAGGUCAUUUCAUGGGCAAGAAGAGUAUUUCAAGCAGCCAGUUCCAGGACUCUCCAUUCUCCUCAAAGCCUCCCAGGAAUACUGUGGGAGAAUCAGGGAGUUCAGAGGAUUUGAGGGAGCUGAUCACUCAGGAGGUGCUGAAAGUUGCUCUUCAGGCUCAGCUUGAAGAUCCAAAGAGGACACCAGAUGUUUAUAAUCAGGAUACGGACUUCAUGGUAAAGCUUUUGAAAAACUACAUUGAAAAAAGUAACAUAGUGACAAUGCUGAUGAUAUAAUUGUAAUAAAAUGUUAUUUUGACAAACUUACAGUUGUGUACACAAUCUGUAUGCGUUUGGUAUAUAUGCUUGAUUAUUAUUAAUAUUAAGAUGUAUUUUCACAGCAGUUAAAUGUUGAAAUGGCAACAAAAUAUGAAUUUUUCAUUCAACUGCUGUAACUAUGGCUGGAUAUCUGAAAGAAUAUAAUGAAUGCGUGGAUGGAUUAAUGAAUGAAUGAAUGUGUUAUAGGUAUGUUAUUUAAAAAUCUGUAUAUUAAAAAACAAAUGAAA